AAUUACAACAUGCACUACGUUUGGAUCGCGAAUACCCGUAAUUAUAUUUUGCAAUGUAAGCAAUUAAUAUAACUUCCAAAAACAAAAUUACAAGUAAGAAAAAAACAACAAAAACAAAAACAAUUGCAUCAAUGCAUGAAAAAAAUCUAUAUUUAGAAAAUUGUCUUUAACAAUUAACCUUUCAAAUUCAAACUUGUUUUCACCAUCACUUCAACAAUAUAUUAUUUCUAGGUCAAUAUAAGUGCUAAUGAUGCGCUAAGACAUGAAAAUUUUAGAAAAAGAUUACAUUAAUUGUUGAAAUAUAAACCUAAUCAAUUUCACAAAAUUAUAUAAUAAUCAACCAACAAAUUAUUAAAUUAAUUUUCCAAUAUUUUGUUUCAUCUCUUCUCUAUACAAAUGACUUUCCUCUGGCAAUCUUUCUCUCUCUCUUGGAAGCUCAUUACAUUCUUAUGGUUAAUGAAUGGUGUUCAAUCACAAAUAGUUCCAGCAGUAUUUCUUUUCGGAGAUUCAGUACUCGAUGUUGGUAACAAUAAUAAUUUAGCGACGGUUGUUAAAGCCAAUUUUCCUCCUUAUGGACAGGACUUCAAAAAUCACACCCCUACCGGUCGAUUUUGUAAUGGAAAAUUGGCUAUUGAUUUCUUAGUUGACACUCUAGGGUUUGAUUCUUAUCCACUUCCUUAUCAAAACACAAAGGCCACAGAUAGAAAUCUUAUAAAGGGAGCAAAUUUCGCUUCGGGUUCUUCGGGAUAUGAUGAUUCUACAGCCAAUUUAUAUGGCACAAUUUCAUUGACAAAGCAAUUGGAAAAUUAUGGAGAGGUCCAAAAGAGAAUAAUAGGAAUGGUUGGUAAAGAAAAUGCUUCAUCAAUAUUUUCAGGUGGUCUUUAUGUAAUAAGUGCUGGAACAAGUGACAUUCUUCAAAAUUAUCAUAUUAGUCCCACUCUUCAGAAUACUUAUUCAUCUAUUGAUAAAUAUUUUGUCCCCCUUCUCAAAUCAUUUACACAAUUUGUUGAGAAAUUGUAUUCGAUGGGAGCACGAAAGAUUGGAGUGACUUCAUUGCCACCACUAGGGUGUUUGCCUGGAUCGAUGACAAUAUUUGGUUUAGUAAGUGACCAAUGUGUGGAAAAGCUUAAUUUCGAAGCAAAUUCUUUUAAUAAAAGAUUAAAUUCAACUUCUCAAGCCUUGAAGAAAAGGUUAUCUGGCUUAAACUUGCUUGUCAUAGACAUCUACCAACCUCUCUACAACCUUAUCAAAAACCCUAAACAACAAGGAUUUAAAGAGUCAAAGAAGGGUUGUUGUGGAACAGGAUUGGUAGAAACUUCAGUGCUAUGCAAUAAAUUGCAAUUAUUUGGUACAUGUUCAAAUUCAUCUGAAUAUGUCUUUUGGGACUCUUUUCAUCCUUCUGAAGCUGCCAAUAGUAUACUUGCUAAUGAUAUGGUCUCAGUUGGAUCUUCCCUAGUCUUCUAAUCAUAUAUUAUAUAUAAUUAAUUUAUGUUAAUAGUCACUGCAUAUAUAUAUGCUAUUUAAUUUCUCAUGUUGUAUAUUACUUAUUAUAAGGUGCCAGCUCAUCUUGGUAGCUGGAGUUUUAGUUGUUAAUUAAUUACUAUAUAUGAUAUUCUAGAAGGAUUAUAUUUUACUAAGAAAUAUUCUCUUCUAGCCCUUUGUCAAUUAAAUUCUAAGUGUUUGGAUUCAAACAAUUACAAAUUCUAUUUUACUUAAAGUUAGUUAAUUAAUUACAUUUGGAAUUGAA